AUGUCGUUCUUGUCAACACCUAUUCACCUUGUUGGUACUGUUUCAGUGUGGGAUGCACAGCUUAAAAGGGCUAUCAAUUCUUUCCCCAUAUAUAGCAACGCGGAGGUAUACGUGUUUGAAGACCAGUACAGCGUUACGCCGCAAAAGUUGGGAUCUGGAGCUUACGGACAAGUACAUAUGGCAUUUAAGAGGGACACUGGCCAGCAACUCGCCUGUAAGAUUGUCGACCUCCGAGCUCUGAAGAACAAAGUUGUUAGGGAAGCCGAAGAUCAGCACUCUAGGCACUUUAAAGAGAACGCGUUUCCCCCCAGCAGAAACAGGUCUCUCGUUACUCGUGCUUUCAAGAAAUCGCUUCAAAGAAAGAUCCAGGAGAGGCUUGACGUAUACAGCCGCGAGGCUAGAAUACUUGAGAGCCUCUGUCAUCCCAACAUCAUUAGUAUUGAGAAAGUCAUCGAGUCAAGUAAUACAAUUUACCUCUUCCAAGAACUCGUGACUGCUGGUGACCUAUUCUCCUACAUACAGUAUAAGGGCGGAAAGCUAGACGAUAUUGAAGCGGCAGUCAUCGUGCGACAGGUCUUGAUGGCCUUGGACUAUCUACAUCAACGGGAAAUUGUCCAUCGUGAUCUAAAGCCAGAUAAUAUUCUUAUGACAUCUCUAGCUGAUGGAUGCAGAGUCGUACUCACCGAUUUCGGAUGUGCCAGAUUUGUGCGGCCAACUGUUGAGCGGAUGUCUACGUUGAUCGGCACAUUCGACUACAGCGCCCCUGAAAUGCUCAAGUCCAAGCAUGGCUACACAAAAGCCGUAGAUUUGUGGUCAUUGGGCUGUGUCGCAGCUGUUCUCCUGACCGGAGAUAUCCCAUUUAAGCACUCAUUGACUACUGAUCCGACAAAUCUCUCGAGGGAACGUGACCUUGAGAAGCUCGAAGCCGAGAUGGACUGGAACAAGAUCAGACAGCGCGCGAGGGACUUUGUUCGCAAGCUUCUCGUUUUUGAUGAAGCGAAGCGCAUAGACGUUAAACAAGCGUUAAAUCAUAAUUGGUUCACCAACCCAUCCCAUCGGGUGGAGUUCGAUGCUCUAUACCGACGAGCGAUCAGGGGCUGGCAGCCUCGUACGCAUAAGGGUUCUCUGAUCACCAAUCUGGGCAGUUUAAUGAAAAUGGACAGCAAACCUAUGCAGACUCUGUGCUCUGACGAGUAUUCAAGGGUCAAUUCGGGGCAGUCAUAUGCUGCUGAAGAGAUACCAUUUCAGGCAAGAGAUUCGCCAACACCUCUAGUCUCACAGGAGUAUGAGUUACGUCGUGGACAUUCCGCAUCCAUGUCUACGACUCUCUCAGACCCUGAACUCCCACCGCACUGUUGGGUAGGGCACGCAGACACGAGGCCAUCAGGACAUGCACAUAAAAAUCAAGACUGA